GGGCCAUGACGCCUACAUCACAGGGUGGCUAAGUUAACGGCAGAUGAUAGUCAUUUCACACUCAAAGAAAGGAGAUGAAAAUGGAGUAUAAGCAAGACCAAACGUUUGUUUGAUUGUUUCGUCGCGAAUCAGUGCCGUACUGAAAUCACACCAGGGGGGCUAUGGUGCUAUUUCCAUAUCUUCUUGAAGGGCUGGCAAGAACCAGAUCGCUCAAGAAAAUGAAGAAUUGUCAUGAAGAUGUUGCAAGGAAAACUGCAGAAGCAUUGGAAAAGGAAGCGAAAAAGAAUGAGCUGGUUUUGAGUUCUUCUUCUGGCAUUGUUAUGUCUGAUAAGUCUAACAAUUUUUCCUCUGUUUGCUCCAAGAGAGGCCAGAAAGGGAUCAAUCAAGAUUGCUUAAUCAUUUGGGAGGAAUUUGGAUGCCAAGAGGACAUGAUCUUUUGUGGGAUAUUUGAUGGGCAUGGCCAAUGGGGCCACCAUGUUAGCAAAAGGGUCAAGGAAUCAAUGCCUGCUUCUUUGUUGUGCAAUUGGCAAGAGACUCUCACUUUAGCAUCACUGAACCUCGACUUCGAAAUGGAGAUGGAUAGAAACCUCCAUCGGUUUGAUAUAUGGAAGCAAUCCUUUCUUAAGACGUAUGCUGCCAUUGACCAGGAGCUCAAGCAUUCUUCUAAAAUGGAUUCUUAUCGAAGUGGCGCUACAGCAUCAACAAUUGUUAAGCAGGGCGAACAUCUCAUCGUCGCAAAUGUCGGUGACUCCCGGGCUGUCUUGGCCUCCAUUUCAGAAGAUGGGAGUUUGGUACCUCUUCAGCUUACAGUGGACUUUAAACCCAAUAUACCUCAGGAGGCAGAACGAAUAACAAGAUCCAAUGGACGAGUAUUUUGCUUACAUGAUGAACCAGGGACUUACAGGGUCUGGAUGCCAAAUGGUAAGACACCAGGACUGGCAAUAUCAAGAGCCUUUGGCGACUAUUGUGUUAAGGAUUUUGGGCUUAUCUCAGUGCCUGCUGUCAGUCAAAGGCAUAUCACCAGCAGAGACCAGUUUGUCAUUCUAGCAACAGACGGGGUAUGGGAUGUUAUCUCCAACGAAGAAGCUGUACAGAUAGUUUCCUCCACUCCAGAUAGGAAAAAAGCAGCUAAAAGGCUUGUGGGAUGUGCCACUCUUGCAUGGAAGUCUAAGAAACGAGGCAUCGCCAUGGAUGACAUCUCAGCUAUUUGCCUCUUCUUUCACGCUUCAUCCUCACAACAUGCCAACCUUAUGAUCUCACAAAAUUAAUGUGUAAAAAAAUCUGGGUAGAUGCCGAUUAUUGUUGCCUUAGUUUACUAUGGGAGAUGUAUAUAUAAAUGUAUGCCCUCGUUGAUUUGGAAUGCUGUCAA